UCAAAACAUUGACACAAAAAAUGGAACUGCUCAAAUUUAUUCGAUUAUUAGAUCUAAACGAGAAUGAUUUCUCGCAUGGGAAAUUCCCAAACACGCUCCGACUCAUGUCAGGGUUGCAAUGCCUCAAACUGGAUCGCACGAAAAUCGAGGAAAUCCCCGAAGAGUUGGGUAAACUCAUGAAAUUGGAACAUUUGACGCUGAAACAUAACGACAUUGAAAAGUUGUUUGGCGAACUAACGGAAUUGCACAGUUUACGAUCUCUCAAUUUGAGGAACAACAAAAUCAAGAGUUCAGGAAUUCCGAAGGAGUUGUUCUAUUUGGAAGACUUGACAACGCUCGAUUUGUCACACAAUCGACUGAAAGAAGUUCCCGAAGGUUUGGAAAAAGGCAAAAAUUUGCUCGUGCUAAACUUGAGUCAUAAUCAAAUCGAAGCAAUUCCUCCGUCGCUUUUCAUCAAUUUGACAGAUUUGCUCUUUCUCGACUUGUCAAACAACAAAUUGGAAACAUUGCCUCCGCAAACGCGACGCUUAAGUAAUCUACAAACACUGAUAUUGAAUGAUAAUCCUCUCGAAUUGUUUCAACUACGUCAAUUGCCAUCAUUGCAAAAUUUGGAAACACUUCACAUGCGUAACACACAACGAACGUUAGCAAACUUUCCAACAAGCCUUGAUACACUUUCGAAUCUGGUUGAACUGGAUUUGUCGAAAAAUCAACUUAUUAGAAUACCCGAAGUAUUGUUUAGCUUGUCGAAUUUGGUGCGUUUGAACAUGAGCGAGAAUCAAAUUGCGGAAUUGUCGGUAAAUAUUGAGCUUUUGCAGAAAUUGGAAUCAUUGAAUUUAUCACGAAAUUGUUUGACGGCACUUCCCUCGACACUUUGUAAGCUCGUGAAGUUACGAAGACUCUUCGUAAACGAUAAUCAACUGAAUUUCGAUGGGAUCCCGUCAGGAAUUGGAAAAUUAUCUGCUUUGGAAGUGUUUUCGGCGUCAAAUAAUUUGUUGGAAAUGAUUCCUGAAGGCUUGUGUCGAUGCGGAACGUUGAAAAAAUUGAAUUUGAGCUCUAAUAAGUUGAUUACUUUGCCCGAUUCAAUUCAUUUGACGGAAUUAGAUACGCUUGAUUUGCGUAACAAUCCGGAUUUGAUAAUGCCUCCAAAACCGAUGGAAGCUCAAAAAGGAGAUGGAGUCGAAUUCUACAAUAUUGACUUUUCGUUACAACAUCAAUUACGAAUGGCAGGCGCUGUUGUUCCUCCGAGCAUUGCGACGCCCGAUGGAAAGAGCAAAGAUCCCAUUGCACGAAAAUUGCGUUUGAGACGUCGACACGAAGCAAAUCAAGAUGCAGAUAAAGUUCUCAAGGGCAUGAAAGACGUUGCUAAAGACAAAGAUUCGCAAUUAUUUCCGGAUGAAGAGAAACCUGAAAGUUUAAAGCCCAAACGAUGGGAUGAAUCACUCGAAAAACCCGCUGUUGACUAUUCCGACAUCUUUGACGAAGAAGAUGGGCAAUUGCCGGGCAUUACAGUGUGGGAAAUUGAGAAUUUCUUACCGAACAAAGUCGAGGAAGCAGCUCACGGAAAAUUUUAUGAAGGCGAUUGUUAUAUUGUGCUAAAGACAAAUUACCUUGAUGGCUUAUCAUGGGAGAUUUACUUCUGGAUUGGAAAUAAGGCAACUUUAGAUAAACGUGCGUGUGCUGCUAUUCAUGCUGUCAACUUGAGAAAUUACUUGGGAGCUCGUUGUCGAACAAUUCGUGAAGAGCAAGCAGAUGAGUCUGAAGAAUUUUUAGCGUUAUUCGACACGGAAGUUACGUAUAUUGAAGGAGGUCGAACAUCAACGGGCUUUUACACGAUGGAUGAUAUCGUUUAUCCAACACGAAUGUACAGAAUUCACGCACAAGAAAGACAAAUUCAUUUGGAAGUCGUUGAGGUUGCUCCCGAGUCUUUGGAUUCGCGAUAUGUCUUUGUUUUAGACACAGGACUGAAAUUGUACAUUUGGUAUGGAAAGAACUCCAAAAACACGUUGAAAUCCAAAGCUCGUUUAAUGGCUGAAAAAAUCAACAAAAACGAAAGAAAGAACAAAGCAGAGAUAUUUACCGAAAAUCAAGGCGAAGAAAGUGAUACUUUCUUACAAAUUUUAGGCUUGGAGAAGGAAGACGAAGACGAGAAACUUGAAUAUGAAGUAGAAGAUCACGUUCAAGAUAAUUUUGUUCCUCUAAGUCCUCGUUUGUAUCAAAUUCAACUUGGAAUGGGAUAUCUCGAACUUCCUCAAGUUGAAGUUCCUCAGAAAAAACUCGUUCAUACAUUGUUGAAUAGCAAAAAUGUCUACAUUCUCGAUUGCUAUUUGGAUCUCUUCGUAUGGUUUGGCAAAAAAUCAACAAGAUUAGUUCGAGCAGCUGCAAUAAAAUUAUCACAAGAACUCUUCACGAUGAUAAAUCGUCCCGAUUACGCCAUUCAAGAGAUGAUUCAAGAGGGCAACGAAACUCAAGUAUUCAAAAGUAAAUUCCUAAAUUGGGAUGAUGCGAUUGCCGUUGAUUUCACACGCACAGCAAUGUCUGUCGCAAAAACGGGAGCUGAUCUCUCAAAAUGGGCAAGACAACAAGAAACAAAAGCAGAUCUCGCCGCAUUAUUUAUGCCUCGUCAACCAACAAUGACGUUGCUCGAAGCUCAACAACUCGCGGAAGAUUGGAAUUACGAUCUUGAUGCGAUGGAAUCGUUCGUCUUGGAAGGAAAGAAAUUCGUGCGAUUACCUGAAGAGGAAUUAGGAAUUUUCUACACAAACGAAUGUUAUGUCUUCCUUUGUCGCUAUUGUUGUCCCUUGGAUGAUGAAACAGAUGAGAAUCCUGAUGCUCCGCCGCCCGAGGAAGAAGUGCAAUGCGUCGUUUAUUUCUGGCAAGGAAGAGAUGCGGGAAAUAUGGGAUGGUUAACGUUCACAUUUACGCUUCAGAAGAAAUUCAAAGCGAUGUUUGGCGAAGAACUCGAAGUCAUUCGUAUUCAUCAACAACAGGAAAAUUUAAAAUUCAUGUCGCAUUUCAAGGGAAAAUUUGUCAUCAAAAAUGGCAGAAGGAAAGAAAAACUUCGCACGCCUGAUGGAAAACUCGCUGUAGAAUUUUAUCAUCUUCGACAAAAUGGAAGUGCAUUGUGUUCGCGUCUCAUUCAGAUCAAGCCAGAGGCUACCUUCUUGAAUUCCGCUUUUUGUUACAUCUUACAUGUUCCUUUUGAAACUGACGACGAGGCACAGUCUGGCAUCAUUUACGUAUGGAUUGGAUCAAAAACGACACAAGAAGAGGCACGUCUCAUACAAGAAAUUGCCGAACAAGUUUUCAACAAUCCAUGGGUCAGUUUGCAAAUCUUGAACGAAGGCGAAGAACCCGAAAACUUCUUUUGGGUUGCUCUUGGCGGAAGACAACCAUACGAUGAAGAUGCAGAAUACAUGAAUUUCACACGACUUUUUAGGUGCUCGAACGAGAAAGGGUAUUUUACUGUUGCCGAAAAGUGUUCAGAUUUCUGUCAAGAUGAUUUGGCAGAUGAUGAUAUCAUGAUUUUAGAUAACGGCGAUCAAGUUUUCUUGUGGCUUGGAACAAAAUGCAGCGAAGUAGAGAUCAAAUUAGCUUAUAAAUCAGCUCAGGUUUAUAUUCAACACAUGAGAAUCAAACAACCUGAAAGACCUCGUAAACUUUUCCUGACGUUCAAAAACAAGGAAUCCCGGCGAUUCACAAAGUGCUUCCAUGGUUGGAGUGAACACAAGAAGAUUUUGGAGUAAAUUUACAGAAUUAUUUGUUGCUAAAAUCUUAAAAUUUUUUAUUUAUACGAAUUACUUUUUAAUCAUAUCAUCAUCAACAAUAAUAUUUAACACAGACACUAAUUUUAAGUUAAGGAUAAAAAUUGUAAUUUCCUCUUUUUCGAUAUUUUGAAAGUCCUUCAAGUCACAAAAUGUAUUAUUUUUUCUAUGGACUUUUCGAAGUUUUUGUAUUAAUUAUGGCAAUAAAUAUCAUAGGCAUUAGAAUUCAAACUUUUUUUUUUUUGGUUCAACGCUCGGCAAAUGCAAGAAAUAGAGGAAAUGAGACUCUGUGCGUGUAAAUUAGUCA